UGACUUGGAAACAGAAUGACACAGACUAGUGCCAACAUUACCAGAGCCACAUCUGGGGCAAAUUCACGCCCUUGCACAGGACGCGGGCCCCGGCCAUUGUGGCGCAAUGGCGGCAGCAGGCCGCUGCGGCUCCCGGCCUUCAUGGGCAACGCGCCGCUCGGGCUGCGACGUCGCUGGGCCCGGCACGACGCCGUUACGUCAGAGCAGCAACCCAGGGGCCCAGCACCCUCCGCUCCGGGAGCAAGACAAGCGCAGCAAGGCCGCUCGGAUCGGCCGACGCUCUCAGGCCGCUCGACGCUCGCUGCAGACGCCGACAGAACAGCAAUCUCCCGGCUCCUCCUCGCCUCCCCUUCCCGGCAACUCGCGGCACCGCAGUCCGGCACCGGCCGUCGCACCCAGCCUUCCCGCACGCACCCUGCCCCCUCCUCCUCUCCCGCUCGCCUUCGCGUUUCCUGUCUGGGCGGAGGAGGUUUGGCCCAACGACGACGCCGUCCCCCAGCGGCUGAGGCGAGCGUCAUGGCGGCGGCUCUCUCAAUGUCAACGGCUCUGAGGCACCUUGUGGCGGGCAGCGGCGCUGCCGUGCUCCGCUUGUCGCCGGCCAGGUCACUGAGCACUUCCACAUGGCGGCUGGCACAGGACCAAACUCGAGACACGCAACUCAUCACAGUUGAUGAAAAAUUGGAUAUCUCUACUUUAACCGGUGUUCCAGAUGAGCACAUCAAAACCAGAAGAGUUCACAUUUUUGUUCCAGCACGUAAUGCAAUGCAGGCAGGAGUUAACAAUACAAAGAAAUGGAAGAUGGAAUUCGACAACAGGGAGCGCUGGGAGAACCCUCUGAUGGGUUGGGCAUCUACAGCUGAUCCUUUAUCCAACAUGGUUCUUACUUUCUCUACUAAGGAAGAUGCCAUUGCCUUUGCUGAAAAAAAUGGCUGGAGCUAUGACGUGGAAGAAAAGAAGAUUCCGAAACCUAAAUCCAAGUCUUACGGUGCAAACUUUUCCUGGAACAAAAGAACAAGGGUGUCUACAAAAUAAGUUGGCAUUGGCUGUCUCUGACUGUGAAUAAAGUCAGCUGUGCUGUAUUUAUAGUCCACGUAUAAUACAUCUCUUAAUCUCCUAAUAAAUUUGACCUUUAAACUACGAAUGCAUCUUGUGAUGUCUAUUUAAAAUGUUUUUGAUGUCUCCAAUUGAACCUGUUACAAACUUCCCUAUAUAUAGAGGAGAUUUGGGGUGUUCAUACUUGUAAAAAAAUUGCUGCAUUAGGAAUCUAUCAAAAGGAAUGUUUGUGAUCAGCUGCAACUUUAAAGAAAGGUUGUGCUUUAUCUUUCACAGUAAUUUUAUAUUUAAUAUCUUGUUUAAAUUUCCAGCAUGUACAGACUCUCUCAAUACAAAUGCGGGUUUUUUCUCGUACAUAAGACAGAUUUGUCUGUUGAAUAGCAGAGAAUGAGAUGCAUAAUUUAACAUUUGAACAUAAUUUAAUUUAAAUGGUUCUCUAUAAAUGUAUGUUGUAUAAGCUCCUUCUUGCGCAAAUUAAUAUUGUCACCAUUCCUGAAUAACAGGAUUGAAUAAUGUAAAUAGAAACCACUGUUUUUGACUUAAAUGUGCAGGAGACAUAGUCAAAGACUGAGAUUCUAAUUAUUUCCCCAUUCUUCUCUUCCAUCAUGAAACAAAACCAGUUAAAUAUUCACAGAUUGUCAAAGAGUGUCCAAAUACCUCACACAACAUCACCAUAUACAUAUUAUGUAAUUAUUUCUCUGUGAUUUUUAUUGCUAGUUGUUUAUCUGCAUUGAAGUUUCCUGUUGCCUAACAAGAGAUGUGAUGAUAGCAUCUCAGCCUUAGUAUUGAAUAUAUAGCCUAAACUCAGUCUGUGUUACAAGACAAUAAAGCAUUGACUGCAAUAAUGUA